GGGAUGAGCUAGCUAUAGAUAUUACAACGUGUUUUAGUACAUAAAUAUUGUCUGUAUGUACCAUUUAACGCUCCGGUCCAUAAGAUUGCCAUAAGCUUUGCUUCAACAUCCCACCAAUUUACCAUCAUUUAUCUUCAGCUCCAUAAUCCGAAUCAAUAAAAUGUGUAAACACGAGCUUUCGACCACCAGCCCGGCCCAGGGACCGAUCAAAGUGUACGCGACACCAGACGGUACCAUCGAGAAUUGGACAAACCCGAGGCGCAUCCACCUCCACAAGACAACUCCAUACGGAACGGUUCAGUGCUGUGACUCCGUCACUGCCGGCGGAAUUGUGGAGGAUUCGAAUGAAAACCUCUACUUCCUGACUUCUGAUCAAUUCAUUCCCGAGGAUGCGGAUCAGCGCGAUCUACAUACAAACACCAACGACGCAACCUGCGCUCCUAUCGGACAUGUCAAGCACACGAGUCGAAACCUUCGCUACACUUUAAUUAUUGUCAACGACUGCGUGGCAGAUGAAGUGACCACCAAGAAAGCAUUAGGCUCUUGCGGUAUAUCAGUCUCGGGACAAAUGUCCUUCAAAGCUGCGCUACACCCCCUUCUCAUCAAAAAGCGACAGAGGGAGUCUGACAUGCUUGUCCUAGCUCGUACCCGCCAUAAUGAGGUUAUUAAGGGAAAUAUUACAUUCUUCCCUCCUGGAAAUAUUGCGCCGUGGAAACAAGGAGCGGCUAAGCUCAUGACAGCACGAUUCGACCCGUCCUACCUCCUCGGAAAGCUGGAGGUAGGCGCAUGGGUGUACGCUAUACGACCGGAGGCUCUCAAGACGAAGAACUGGAUCACCUGUGCGCUCAACGACGAGUAUUUCGGGCCGUUUGAGGAAGAGAAGAUCUUUCAAUAUUUCCCAUUCGAUCAUCCCCGCCACAAUUCACCCGAUACUCUUAUCCUGGUUGGACACGUUGUAGAGGUUCGUAGUCGUGGUGCGGAUAACAGCGAACCAGUCGAGGUAGGAAUCCAGGGCGCAUACGAGGUGUUGACGGAAAUUUUUGUUCAUCGAGGAACUUUGAACAACCCGAGUGGCGUGCCGACAGAACGGCCGGCCUUGGGUCCUAUGCCUUCCAGUAGUAGAAUCGAGGGGGAAACAGAAGCUUGAUUAUUUCGUGCGGUUGUGUCUAUUCGACAUAGAAGCAUUGG